GGCGUCGGUGCAGCAGGCCUCGCCCGCGGCCCUCCAGCCCCCGGUGCUGGAUCGCAGCUCGCUCACUCCGCCGCCUCCACUGCCGCCGCCGCGCAUCCGCUCCCGGACUUGGAGACCGCGAAGAUGGCGGAAGCCCACCAGGCCGUGGCCUUCCAGUUCACCGUCACCCCAGACGGCAUCGACCUGCGGCUGAGCCACGAGGCCCUCAAGCAGAUCUAUCUGUCUGGACUCCACUCGUGGAAGAAGAGGUUCAUCAGAUUCAAGAAUGGCGUCAUCACGGGCGUGUACCCGGCGAGUCCCUCCAGCUGGCUCAUCGUGGUGGUGGGCGUGAUGUCAACGAUGUAUGCCAAGGUCGACCCCUCGCUGGGAAUAAUCGCGAAAAUCAAUCGGACCCUCGACACGACCGGCUGCAUGUCCAGCCAGAUGAAGAACGUGGUCAGCGGCGUCAUCUUCGGCACGGGCCUGUGGGUGGCCCUCAUCGUCACCAUGCGCUACUCCCUGAAGGUGCUGCUGUCCUACCACGGCUGGAUGUUCGCCGAGCACGGCAAAUUGAGCCGCGCCACCAAAAUCUGGAUGUGUAUGAUCAAGGUCUUUUCGGGUCGGAAGCCCAUGUUGUACAGCUUCCAGACUUCUCUGCCACGCCUGCCGGUCCCGGCCGUGAAGGACACCGUGAACAGGUAUCUGGAAUCGGUGAAGCCUCUUAUGAAGGAAGCUGACUUUAAGCGGAUGACAGCUCUGGCAGAAGAUUUUGCUGUCAAUCUCGGGCCAAGAUUACAGUGGUAUCUGAAGUUAAAAUCCUGGUGGGCUACCAAUUAUGUGAGCGACUGGUGGGAGGAGUACAUCUACCUCCGAGGCCGGGGCCCGCUGAUGGUGAACAGCAACUACUACGCCAUGGAUCUGCUGUACGUGCUGCCGACGCACAUCCAGGCGGCGCGCGCCGGCAACGCCAUCCACGCCAUCCUGCUGUACAGGCGCAAAGUAGACCGCGAGGAAAUCAAACCAAUCCUUCUCUUGGGGUCCACGGUCCCGCUGUGCUCCGCUCAGUGGGAGCGGAUGUUCAAUACCUCCCGGAUCCCAGGCGAAGAAACAGACACCAUCCAGCACAUACGGGACAGCAAGCACAUCGUCGUGUUCCACAAAGGGCGUUACUUCAAAGUCUGGCUGUACCAUGACGGCAGGCUGCUGAAGCCCCGCGAAAUCGAGCAGCAGAUACAGAGGAUUUUGGACGACCCGUCGGAGCCUCAGGCCGGGGAGGCGAAGCUGGCGGCCCUCACUGCGGGAGAGAGAGUGCCCUGGGCCAAGUGUCGCCAAGCCUAUUUCGGACGUGGGAAGAACAAGCAGUCCCUGGAUGCUGUGGAAAAGGCAGCGUUCUUCGUGACGCUGGAUGAAACCGAGCAGGGGUACAAAGAGGAGGACCCGGUUACGUCCAUGGACUCCUACGCCAAGUCUCUGCUACACGGCAGGUGUUUUGACAGGUGGUUUGACAAGUCAUUCACGUUUAUCGUCUUCAAAAACGGGAAAAUGGGCCUGAACGCCGAGCACUCCUGGGCCGAUGCUCCCAUCGUCGGCCACCUCUGGGAGUAUGUCAUGGCCACUGACAGCUUUCAACUGGGUUAUUUGGAGGACGGACACUGUAAAGGUGAUACCAACCCGAACAUUCCAUACCCCACCCGGCUACAGUGGGACAUCCCGGAGGAAUGCCAGGAGGUGAUAGAGGCGUCCCUGAACAGCGCCAGCCUCCUGGCCAACGACGUGGAUUUCCACUCUUUUCCCUUCAACACGUUCGGAAAAGCGCUGAUCAAGAAAUGCCGGACGAGCCCGGAUGCGUUUGUGCAGCUCGCCCUCCAGCUGGCUCAUUACAAGGACAUGGGCAAAUUUUGCCUCACGUACGAGGCCUCCAUGACCCGGCUGUACCGAGAGGGGCGGACGGAGACGGUGCGUUCCUGUACCACUGAGUCGUGCAACUUUGUGCUGGCCAUGGAGGACCCCACGCAAACGGUUGAACAGAGGCUCCGGUUGUUCAAGAUCGCAUCCGAGAAGCACCAGCAUCUGUACCGCCUCUCGAUGACCGGCUCUGGGAUCGACCGCCAUCUCUUCUGCCUUUACGUGGUAUCCAAGUAUCUCGCCGUGGAAUCCCCUUUCCUGAAGGAAGUCUUAUCUGAGCCUUGGAGACUGUCAACCAGCCAGACCCCGCAGCAGCAGGUAGAGCUGUUCAAUUUGGACAAGAAUCCGGAGUACGUGUCCAGUGGAGGGGGCUUUGGGCCGGUGGCUGACGAUGGCUAUGGCGUGUCCUACAUUCUCGUGGGAGACAACCUCAUCAACUUCCACGUGUCUUCCAAGUUCUCCAGCCCUGAGACGGAUUCUCAUCGCUUUGGGAAGCACCUGAGACAAGCAAUGACUGACAUAAUCACUCUGUUCAGCUUCAAGUCCAAUUCUAAAAAGUAAUGCCCGUGCCAGUCGCCAUGGCAGAAACCGAGCUCUUCUGAGAAAAACCCGAUGAAAAAUAGCUAUUGAUCCUGAUCGUAGUUCAGGAUGAAAAAAUUGUUCGAAAAAAAACUCAGAAGUUUUCCUGCCAUCGAGCGUUCGGUGUUUUUUGUUUUUCUAGAACAGCAGGCUCCACCACGUGAACUAUAACUCUGCUUCCUCCAGGCAGGUCCUAAUUUGGGGAACAUCUGGAAAAUGCCCCUGAAAGUCUUCGCAUCAACUUGUGUUUAUUAAGGGAGUAGAAUAUUGUCGCGCUCGUUAAGGAAUCAGUGGGGUCGUGGCUUUACACGUGUUGGUCAUGGAACUGUCACACUUCCUUGUUGGCGACCGGGUACCUGGUACUUAUGGGCAUUUAAUUUUAUCAGAAUAGUAUAAACAUUCGUGCAGAGAGGAGCAUUCUUUAAAGCAGUGACGUUAACAGCUAAUAGCGGACACACUCGUAGUGCACUAACGACGCUGUGCUUUGGGAAACGGCUUUGUCAGUAUGGGUAACUGUCUAGACUGGUCGCGUGUGUGCCUCUCCGUGGUUGAAGCACGCAGCCUGCCACAUCUUUAGCUUUCCUGAUCUUGCCUGUCUUCAAAACCCAGUGCCUUAAAAGCUGAAGGCCCUAGAUGCAAGGAAGACUGUAUGGAAGAUUUAUUUUGUAAAGUCUUUAGGCGGAAUCAUGGAUGUCUGACUCCCUGCUCCAUGUGCUGAGUGGACGACCCCAAGCAGGCAUUUUGCUGUGGUUUCCCCCUAGAAAGACUACUUUCCUGUGAGGACAGCUAUGCCUUCCUUUCAAGAGUGGACCGGGAUCAAAAUAGGGAGCAAAGGGGAUAGGAUGGUCAAAUAUUAUGUGUCUAGAGCAUUCCCCGAAGAAUAAAAUGUAACCUGUGCCUCAGGGGUGCUGCUUACUCAGACUGUCGGGCAGGGAGAGCCUGCCCUAUGCCUCUGAGAAAGGAACAAACCUUAGAAAUGGGAAGCGGGACCUCAGAACAGCCAGGAUUGUGCAGGACUCACGCGUGAGUGGCACUGCCUCCUCGGCCCCCCUGGUGAGAGAGAAGGCCGCUCUGUUUCCGCAGGAGACGGGGGUGGAUGGACACAGUGCGCCCAGUCCUCUCGGGGAUGGACAUUGUCACAGGUGAUGGCGUCUGGGUUUAGCACAGCCCACCCAUCAGAUGAGAGUGCCUUAUUGAAAGAGAGUGAAUGACCAAAAAGCAAUUACGCACCGAAUCGUCUUCAGUAUUUAAUGUAAACAUAAAGGGUCAUGGCAUGAAAUACCCACUGUCGCUGGGCUGUAAUGACAAGCUUAGCUGUCCAUUUAAAAAUUGUGUGUUUAUGUUUCUGACCUCUGUGUUUUCGUUGAGCUUGCCUCUGAUUCUGCACUCCAGGGACACGAGAUGGGGCUGGGCUAUUGGAGAAGGUGCUUGCCACAGAGCGCAUGUGUAUUUUCUUUGUGUCUAUGUUGUAAUGUAAAAAUCCCACCUGAAUGGGCCGAAGAUUUUUUUUUUUUUUUCCUCUUACAAGCAAGAAGAAAUGAAAACCGACAAAAGAAAAACAAAAACUAACAACCACAGUGAGGACACCUCUUGUUGAUCUGUGGUACAUAGUCCAGGAGGUGUGGGGGCAGGAAAUAGCCCACUCCGCCUUGAGGGAAGGGGGGAGCCCGGCUUCCAAUCUAAGGCCCGUAGGUCACUGUCAGAGCCACCUGAAUCAUGCAUGAUUGACCACUGACUGUUCUGUAUUACCUAGCCUUCAAGUGUACACGUGUUAGCACUCAAAUGUAUUUGGGCUUAUCUCAGGUUUUAAAUGUUUCAGAUGAAAUUGUUGCUAAUCAGUGCAGUUGUCAAUGCAAUUUUUAUAUUCCUUAAAAGAAGGAGGAGUGGAUUUUUACUGUACAUGUUGAAAGGAAGAGGUAAGAGUAUUAUGUAUUUAACUUAAUUUGGAACAAACCAUGGUCUUAACGGAGCUGCAUUUUGAAUUUUGUUAUCUUGGGCUGUCCAUCGCAUGUAAAUACAAUAUGCUCUUUUGGAUGUAAAUCUUAGAAAUACAGUAUGAAUGUUAUCAUUAAUAAACUCAUUAAUCCCAUUCUGCCACCGUA